AUGAGAUUAUAUUUUCCUUCCCUUCUUUUCGCCCUUUCGUUGGCCCAAGCAGAAGAGCCUUACAAUUUGGACCAACGUGGCCUGGAUUAUGUCCCGGAAUUAGCCUCGAGGGGUGAGGUAGAAUACGAAGGUGUCUUUGAAAGGCAGCCCAAGCCAUUGCUGUCCAGGCGGAAUGUCGAAGCGAUACUAGUCCAGCGCGCUGCAGCUAAAGCUACUUCCCCCAAGAAGGUCAAUGCUCAAACGAAACCUGGUAAUAAGAAGCCCGCUACUGCCAAGAAGACUACCGCGCCCAAGAAGGCUCCUGCGCCUAAGAAAGCUGCUGCUCCUAAGAAGGCUGCUUCUACUCCCAAAAAAGCUGCCCCCAAGAAAGCAACUACUCCUAAGAAGGUUGCUACUCCUAAGAAGGCUGUUCCCAAGAAGGCUGUUCCCAAGAAGACUGCCUCCAAGAAAGUUGCUCCCAAGCCCAAAGCUGCUGCUAAGAAAGCUACCCCUAAGAAGGCUUCUGUUCCCAAGAAAGCUGUUGCUCCUAAAAAGGCGGCAGCUCCCAAGAAAGCUGCAUCUAAACCCAAGACUGGUACUAAGAAGGCUUCUACCCCAAAGAAGCCCGCCUCCCCAAAGAAGAAGAGCCCCGCGGCUAAGAAGACUGCUUCGAAAACAACAACAGCUCACAAGGGGAACGUUGGGACUAAGCAAUCCCAAGGAAAGCAAGACGCAUGCGCUUUUAAGAGAGGUCUCUUUUCGGGAGGGAAAUCGUGCAAAAAGCCAGCACCUACCAAGAAAGCUUCCAAUCCCCAGAAACCUGGCCCAACCGCAAAACCUGCGGCCCCGAAACCUACUGUCGGUCCAGCAGCGCCCGCUGCGCAAGGAGGUGCGACCCCUAACAACAAACCUGUGGGUUUAAGAAGGCCCGGUCAAGGGCUGGCCGCAGGUCAAAGGCAACCCGCCGGUCAAAGGCAGCCUGCCGGCCAAAGACAACCUGCUGGCCAAAAACAAAUUGCUGGUCAAGAGAAGCCCACUGGCAAAAGGAAGGCCACCCAGGCUCCCAAGCCAAAGCCCCCCAACGUACACAAAAACCCCGGUGCCAGAAAACUUGAGCAACUGGCCCAACAAAAGGGAGCCAAGCUCGAGCCGGGUCAUUCGUACGCGAUCAAACAAAAGAGCACUGGACUCUUUGGGCAUCAAAAUGUUGCGGUUGUUGACUACUCGAAGCAGAAUAUCGGCAACAUUGAACAUUACAAGGCUUCUGGUAAGAGGUUUGACCUCCAUAUUGGCUCGAAAAAGGGGGACUCCAAAGCCAAAGCAACAGAUCCUAACCUAGUCGACGGCGUGAUGGGUACAAAGCCCGGAUUGCCGCCAAUCUACUCCAAGAAAGGUGCUUACGUUGAGGCCCAUAACUGGAAUCCGCACCACGCAGCCUAUCAGUCGGGGAGCGAAUUUCUAGGCGAGGUUCAUGAUCAGUACAAGAACCCCGACAAUGUCCUCAAGGAAGCCGGUAAAAUUUUGACUGGUGAUCCCAACCGUCAAAGUGGCGGCAGAUAUAAUAUUCUUAGCGGCUGCGUUAAGUCGCGGGGGAACAAUUGCAGAACCAUGUCCGAUAAGCUUGGCGACAACAUCACAAAGAAGCCUUGA